CGCCUUGACCAAAGCCCACAUCGCGCAGGCGCAGUGCAUGCACCAGCUUUAACCUGGCGCCAAUGGCGAACGCACCGCACCGCGAGACAAGUACGUGUCACCCCCUUGGCGCCAAUGGACAAAACCACACCCGGCCCCAUCGCUUCCCCCCCUCCAUGCCCAUCUCCCGCCAUAUAAUACGCGCGCACAUACUCCAUGACACGACGCACCACCUCAGCUCGCCAGCAGCAACCACGGCGGCGCUUCGGAUGCACGGCGGCGGAGCCUCCACGACGACCACCGCCAUCGCCGCCGCGCGGGUAGCACAUGUUGCAUGAGCAGCACGCGCCGCCGCCGCAGCCGGAGCCGGAGGUUUCGCUACAGCUGUCGGCGCCCGCCACCGCCGCCGACGAUGUCGCUGCAGGCGACGACGAGGAGGUCACCGUCGUCACCACGUACCGCGACAUCCACCCUCUGACGCCGCCGUCGCCGACGACGACGACGACGCCACCCACGCGGCUCGGGUCCGCCGCGUACUCGUGGGACACGGCCAGCAGCCACCGGUCCGUGUCGUCCGAGGAGCAGUUCAUGACGAUGAGCCGGGAGUUCACGGCCAUGGUCGCCGCCGGGACGACCAUGCAGACUGGCCCCAACGACGGCAACAACGGCGGUGACCAGCUCACCAGCAUCGGCGAGGACGAGCUGGAGGAGACCAACCCGCUGGCAAUUGUGCCGGACAGCCACCCGAUCGCCACGCCGGCCAGGAGCAGGGCGUCCCAGCUGGAGGUUGUCCCCGCGGCAGGGCCAUCGCCGGCGCCGCCGGUGGAGGCGAGGCAGGUGAAGAAGGAGGAGGUGGAGACGAAGGUGUCGGCGUGGCAGACGGCGGAGGUGGCCAAGAUCAACAACCGGUUCAAGAGGGAGGAGGUUGUCAUCAACGGGUGGGAGACCGAGCAGGUCGAGAAAGCAUCCGCAUGGCUCAAGAAGAUCGAGAGAAAGCUGGACGAGCAGCGCGCCAAGGCGCUGGAGAGGACGCAGAACGACAUCGCGAAGGCGCGGCGCAAGGCGGAGGAGAAGAGGGCGUCGGCGGAGGCGAAGAGAGGCCUCAAGCUCGCCAAGGUGCUCGAGCUCGCCAACUUCAUGAAGGCUGUUGGGAGGGUGCCUACCAAGCGAUCCUUCUUCUAGCUUCCUGCAGCCAGCCUCUGCAAACCUUCGAUCUUGAUCGAUCUGCUGCUGCUCUGUUUCUUUCAGUGCCUUUUGUGUGCUGGAUUAAUCUAGCUGCCGUUCUUCGUGUGAUGUUUGCUUAGCUGUGCGCAUCCGAGAACCUAAUUGUAAAAAAGAUUUUAAAACAAGUUGUAUAUUUGCUGUUGCUGCUGUUGCCCUCUGCUGCUUGUGAUCACAGAGUGGCCCUUGUUUUUCCCCUGGCUUGUAUUAUCCAUACGGCAUAAAUGGUUUGUUUGCUCAAAUCUUGCAAACAUUCAGUUCGACACUAGUACUAGCACUUCAUUUUUCUUCA